AUGGUGUCUGUCCAUUGCUUUGCUCGCGCUGAUCGUCCUGCUGGGAAAAGUCCUAGCCUCUUCACUUGGCAGAUGCUCCCUAUCUUUAGGAGUUCAAUCAUGUCACCAUACUACCAGAAGUCUGGCUUCUCGUCCUUGAUAGCAACUGUAUUUCUCUAUGACUCUGCUGCAGAGAGCUCUAAUGGCAAUGAGACUCUGGGGCACAGUUCAGUUGCUUCCGGGGGAGCACAUGGCAGGGAGCCUGGGGACUCCAGCAGUGAUGGCAAAACGGGGCUGGAGCAGGAAGAGCAGCCACUGAACCUGAGUGACAGUCCCCGCUCUGCACAGCUGACUUCGGAAUACAGGGUAGAGGACCAAGGCAGUAAUGGGAAAAACAAGUAUAAGAAUCUUCUAAUCUCCGACCUCAAGAUGGAACGAGAGGGGAGAGAAAAUGGAAGCAAGUCUCCAGCCCACAGCUACUCCAGCUAUGACUCUGGCAAAAAUGAGGGCGUCGAUCGAGGCGCAGAGGACCUGUCACUCAGCAGGGGAGACGAAGACGAGGAUGACCAUGACGAGCAUGAGGAUUCUGAGAAGGUGAACGAGACCGAUGGCGUGGAAGCCGAGAGGCUGAAAGCUUUCAAUAUGUUUGUCAGGCUGUUUGUAGAUGAAAACUUGGACCGAAUGGUCCCAAUCUCUAAGCAGCCCAAAGAAAAGAUCCAGGCUAUCAUUGACUCAUGCAGGCGACAGUUCCCUGAGUAUCAAGAGCGCGCCAGAAAGCGUAUCCGUACUUACCUCAAGUCCUGCAGGCGGAUGAAGAGAAGUGGUUUUGAGAUGUCUCGACCUAUCCCUUCCCACCUUACUUCAGCAGUUGCAGAGAGUAUCUUGGCUUCAGCCUGUGAAAGCGAGAGUAGAAACGCUGCCAAGAGGAUGCGUCUGGAUAAAACCCAGGACGAAGCUACUCCUGCUGACAAACAGUGCAAGCCUGAGGCAGCCCAGGCCACCUACUCAACGUCUACUGUUCCAGGCUCCCAGGAGGUGUUGUACAUCAAUGGCAAUGGGACCUACAGUUACCAUAGUUACCGAGGACUAGGAGGAGGACUGCUAAACCUGAAUGACACUUCUAGUAGUGGACCCACAGAUCUGAGCAUGAAGAGGCAGCUGGCGCCUGGCUCGGGAUCUUCCAGCAGUUCAAACCCCAGACCUCAGCUCAGUCCGACAGAAAUCAACGCCGUGAGACAGCUUGUCGCCGGGUAUCGAGAAUCGGCUGCAUUUUUAUUGCGUUCUGCAGAUGAACUGGAAAAUCUCAUUUUACAACAGAACUGAGGCCAACGAUGUCUGUACUCACUGGGUUCUAAACUUGCGGUUUCCACUAAUGACACUUGAUUUUCCAGCAGAGAGACUCCUAGGCUUGCACCACCGUCUUUUAAGAGAAGCGUUUCCAUCAUGCCGUGUUGUCCUUGAUCCAUACACUGGUGUGUUAAGGAACGUCACAGGAACUCUGGUCUUGAAGUACUUGAGAUGCUCAAGUGUGCCCAGCCUGUUGCUUUUGUUUUAGUGUGUCAGCAUAAAUAUCAUAAGCAAUUUUUUAAAAGGCUGCAUAUUCUCAAUUCAAGGAUAAAAAUGAAGAAGCUCAUGGAAUAAAAAAAAAAAAGCUCAAGAUCCAACUGAAAUAUUAGUGGAAUUUUCUACUGACUCAUUGGACUGAAAGCUGAAGUAUCUGGGGGGGGAAAAGCCAAAUUUCUUGUUGCUACAGGAUAUGACAACAAUGAAAAGGAUCUUGUAUUUUAAAAGAAAAAAAUGUAAUUUUUAUAAAAAGAAAACUUGUUUUUCAUUCAAAAUGGUCAUUUUUACUUUGGUAACUUUUUCAUAGGUCCUAAAAAGAAAACUGUUUUUGAGAAACUAUUGUAAGUACCCUUUCCGCAUCCCUUUUGCCUUCUCCUCUUUCCAAAUUCUUUCUACAAAAGAAAAAUAACACUCGAUGCUGGAAAACCCUUUGCCUACUUCCUGGAAGUCGACCCAUCAGGAACUACUUCCAAGAGAUGCCUCCAUUUCUGUCCUUACGCCAGUCUCAAAACACCCACGCCCCACGGCAGCUUACCACAGCAGUUUUCAUCCCAGAAUUUUCUAAACAUUAUAAAAAGACCUUGUUGAAAACAAAACCCCAACACAUCGCUGCGUUCCCCAGAGCUGCUUGCCCCGGGCUGUGCUACCCAGCAAGCCUCCAGAGCAGCGACUGGAUGUAGAUGACUGAAUGUUACUGAGGUUGCAAGUGACAAUCUUAAACUUUGCACUCUUGUAUGUACUUCUCAUUUCUUUUGGAAACAGUUUCCAGGAAAGGCUUGUUGUUGUGUCUCCUGGUAUGAUUUGUAGCAUUUAAGUUUUUGUUCUUUUUUAUUUUUAUUUUUUUUUUAAUUGAGAGCUCUCAGCAGAUAGAGCUGGAUCUGAACAAUGAACUCUCUCUCCCCUCCGUCUCCCAGGCUCGGCCAUUUUCUCCACUUCUAGUGUUAGACACAACCCUGAGUGGUAUUUUCUGUGCACUGAAGCAAGCCUAUUUUUAAAAUAUUUAAGGAGAAGUACUUUAGUUCAUACUUGUACUAUUUUCCUUUCUGUUGUUUAGCUUCGGUUGAAUUACGAAUUCUUUGUGCAUUCUUGAAUUUGCCUUAUUUUAUGUAAAAUCUAUGUCAUUCGGGUUUUGACAAUGAGUUGAAGGCAUUAGUGAUAUCCCUUACCUUCUUGUUACAUCUAGUUUUCCAAGUACUGACUGUGAUUGUGACCAGGUAAUGUGCACUUUUUCUUGUAACUGUGGACAUUGCUAUGCUUUUUUCUUCUUGUGUUUCUAGAAUUAUUGUUCCUUACAGUUACGUAAACAAAAAUACAAAAACAAAAAAAAAAUUUUGUGAUACUGUUGGUGAAUAUAAUGUGAAAAUCUUAUUGAAAUAUGAGUAUUUUGGAAAUACAUAGAUGCACAAACAUCUUUUAAAGGUGUGAAUUUAGAGUUUGCUUAUUUAAUGAAAAUUUAAAAAUUUGAGGGCUGGUAUAAGUUUUCUCUGUUUUUGUUUGGUUUAAUAAAAGAUUUCUGUGUUAAAGAAACAAUUCUGAAAACGUA